AUGGCAACCAGCAACAGCAGCAAAGGCACUAAAAUUAAGUACGCUAAGUUAAGACUUUUCAAGCCAUCGUCAUCGUCCUCGUCGUCUUCGUCUUUGGCUUCUGGCGGCAGAAGUCAACCAUUGCAGGAGCAUGAAGGGACACAUCCGAAGACUCCCUCAAGUGAAUCGAUCGAGCGAAUGGAACAAGAAAUCAUCAACCUCUCCGAUUCGGAGGAACGCAACCCAGCAGAGCUUGUUGGCGAACCCAUCAUCAAGCGCACACGAUUCGACGAAGUAGACAAGCCAGUGGAGAAACCAAAAUUGCCCAAAUUUCCCAAAAAACCUCUUGAGGAUGGCACGGAAGGAGUAAUAAGCAAGUUUUUCAAAACCUCCGAGGAUGACUUCGAACCACCUAAACCGGAAGCUCCCGCGAAAGCGAAGACGAAAACCCAACGAAAGGCAACUGUCCCUAGAAAGCCUCGGGCGCCUCGCAAACCCAAGAAUCAAGCUGACAUCCGGAAAGUGUUCCAGAAGUACAAGGACAACGAUGAAGGCCUUCUCAAGAACCUCAUGCUGGAGCACACGCUGGCGGACCGGCUGGAUCCGGACGAGUUCCAGCUAGCUGUGGCGAUGUCACGAUCGCUGGUCGAUCAAAGCGGCGGCGGUUCCCAAGUGGAAUUGAACGCCGAAGAAGUCGCUGAAGCUUCUUCCAGUUCCGGUUCUUUAUCAUCGGAGGAACGUCGAAUACAGGGAAUCAGGACCACGCUAGAGCAUUACGGAUUUAAGUGCAAGACCAGCUACUACGAUUCCGAUUUGAAUGUGAUAUUUGGCAGUGCGCCGAAAAACGCGAAGAGAAGCAAACACAAAAAGCCCAGCAUGCUAAUUCGGAGGGAUUUUGAGGACACAGUGGGGUUCAUGGAACGUCAGGCCAGGCGUUUGUUCCCAGGGGAUUUGGACCGACAAUUUCCAGAAUUCAGUGAGAGUGAUUUAGGUUUGCGGACUUACGGUAGUACGGUGUUCUUUACAAGUCAACAUGCUGGAAAUAGUUGGCAGGAUCGAAGUGACUAUUAUGUAGAAUUAUUGGUUGAUAUGAGUGAAGUGAAGGCAGACUAUCUAUUGAAGAACUGGAGCAGGAUUCCCGGAAGAGAACCGACGCCAGAACGGCGACUGUCAGAUAAAAUACCUUGCGAAGAUGAAGAGCCGUUGUUAUCCCCAGCAAAAUCAGAAGGAAAGGAACUACUGGAAGAUCCGGAAGACUCACUGUUGGACAUGAAUACCGUUCCGGAAGAGUACCGCCACAAUGAAGUUCCGGUACACCUGAGGGUUCGCAAGACACCUGAGGGCAAAACGACAAAGAAUGAAACAACGGCCGACGAAAACGAGCACAGAUCUGCUUCGCCCGAUCUCUUCGGAUCGGACAGUGAUGCGAGAGACGAUCCGAUGGAAGUGGAGGAAACGCCCCGUACUGAAAGUCAGCCAGAAGCAGAAGAUGCCAAGUUCCUUACGGCGCAGCAGGGGAAUGAAGUGGCACCGGAGGAUGUUGAGCCUGUUGAGUCAUUGGAAGGCGUUGUUCGUGCAACAAGCUCGGAAAAUAUUUUCGAGGACUCGGAUCCCAUCAUCGAUUACGAGAUGUACAGCAGCGAGGAAGCAAAGAUGCAUACUUCCUUUUCGGUACAGCACGACCGUAGCGAACAUCAUUUGCCCGAACAACAGCCACCUCCCGACAGGAAUCGAGACAGCUCGAAGGAUGUCGUUGUGGUGCUCAGUUCUACCGAUGACAGUAACAGUAAUCAGCUCCCCGACCAAGCUGGGCCACGUGUCGAAGCGGCGGUGACAGGGGCAUUUCCUUCACUCGGGAAGGAUUUUUCCUUUCAUGCACUGGCGAUGAAGCAGCGGUUGAGUGAGGUAUCGGGCAACGGAGGGGAGAUAAUUGAAGUGGUGGAUGAUGAUGACACGAGUAAGGAGGAACGGUACGACGAGUCCCAGGAAUCUUCGAAGUCAGUUAAGAGGGCAACCGAUGUUGGCAUUCGUCAGGUGGGGAAGCGAACAUCCGACAAUUUCGUUGAUUGUGGUAUUCACGAAAAAGAGCAACGUUUCGAUAGAUCUGUGUUUCCUUCACCAGGGAAGCAAUUUUCUUUUCAUGCACUGUCGGUUAUGAAUCAGGACAAUAUGAGUGAGAAUGAAGAUGUGGAAGUUGUUGAAGCAGUCGAGGAUGGUUCAGAAAUGGUUGAAGAUGAUAAUUCUAAAUUUUCUGAUUCACAACAAAAAGAACACACAUCAGACAAUCAAACCAAAAAUGAUUCCAAUGUAGCAGAACAGCAUGUCGAUGAUAUAGUCAUCUCUUCGUCUAGUAGCACUGUUGCACCCAGUGAAAGUCAAAUCUUAGAAGGCUAUGAAAUUGAAAAAGAUGGAGAGGACAAUACUCGUGAACGAGUCAAUGAAUCAUGCGAUUCAUCUACUUGUGAGGACGAUCCCGCAGACGUACUUGUAAUUUCUGAUGAUGAAGUGAACUAUUCCAUCCGUCAGGACUUUUCAAUUCUUUAUAACGUUAGUCCGCUAUCGCCUACUGCUGCCAAUCCCGGUGAAGCAUCGAAUGCUGCUUCAUCCCCAAGUAUGCCAUUAAACGGUGAUGAUCUCGACGGCACCAAAGUCUACUUCGAUGUAGAUGAUUACAAAAGACUGAGUUCUGGAGUUGGUAAUUCAGAUGAACAUCAAAACGAAUCCCCGAUAGUAUCAACAGACGUUGGUGCCGAACCUAACCCAGCGAACGAAACCAAUCGAGCUGACAAUACGCUGGCCUUCUUGGAUGGCAUAAUCAAAAAGUUUAACCUGCCCACCACGUUAACAAAGCAAUCGACCCACGACGAAACGAAGCCUCCCGAUCUGGACGAAUACAUGAACAAUUACGAAAUCCCGGACUUUUCCGACGACAAUCACGACGAUAUCGGGGACGACGUGCAAACAAUUCCGGUGGAAACGCCAGCGCCGAUUCCAUCGGAACAGCUAGACUUAGAAAUCGAACAUGUACUUAGCCAAGCGCGGAUGACAUGCACUCAGCUUGAGCAACAACGGCAGCCACCACGUGCUAGUCCCAUCAGACGAACGACGUCCGAUUCCGUGUUGCUAGGCAGCAAAACAAGCAAACAGCCGCCUACUGCGCAGCGUAGGGCCGGGUUCGACGAAAAGUUCGAAGACCUUGCCAAGGAUGCUCCAUCAUCUCAACCAGUCGAAAUCGAGAUCGAGUUGGACAGCGUGAGUCCACGACCCGACUAUGACGGCAUGGAGUCGCCUCUGUUGCACCGGGAACUGUUCAAAUACGGCAUGAAACAGUUGAAAAGGAGUAAAGCUGUGCAAUUUUUGAACUUCAUCUACGACCAGACGCAUCCGAUGGUGGAAGUCUUCGAUGUGGAUGAAUGUAAUUGCGAUGGCGAUGACGCUGAAGGCGUGGAUGUAGGUCUGAGCGAUGUCGAUGAGAUGAGGCCGAUAUACAGGGGAGAUAAUUCCGUGCCUUCGGAAAUCGAAGGCGAAGACUACAUUCUUCCAUCGAAGCCGAGAAAAAAGACUUUUUGGUGCGCCGUUCCUCUCCACAUCGCGUUCCACAACAUGGUCUUCGAGAAGCCUGAAAUUCGUCGCCAGAUGCUUCGGUAUGAGCCAAUCGAUUUGGAUGCGAUCUUCUGUCAUCUAAAGGAGAUCGGCCUGCGUUACGAGAGCAAUGAUUUGAUAUCGUUUUUGGACAAACGGUGUAUCACUUUUCGGACUGUUCAGGGCAGUGGAAGCCGUACUAAGAAAACGACCACUAAUCAAUCGCAAGCUGCACGCAAAACGGUCGGAACGUGACGAACGGAGAUCCUCGUUGAACAACAAACCUUCCUUUUUGGUAUGUGUUAUACAGUGGUUCAAAAGUUAAAACAUCCUUAGAGGAUCAAUGGUUGAGGGAAACCAAUCUACUUGUUGUGACAUGUUUUUUUUUGUACAAUGAUCUGUUCUUAUUCCAUGGGAUUCCUACAACCGUAGUUGUUAAUACAAUUUUAUGUUACUUGCAAAAUCGUAGUGAUUAUUUAUCUAUUUUGAUUGUUUGCUGUAAUUAGUGCAGCAAUUACGACUGUAUUGAGUUCUACAUGGAAUUGGGGCCGAAAACGAGUGUAGCAUAAUAAGGACGUGAUGUGCUUCUCCCUUGAAUAUAACUCAACAUAUAUCAACUACUCCA